GCACAGCUGACAGUCGCGCGGGCGAGGGAGCUUCAAGGAUGGCGGCGUCCGCAGCGCUGAUCCUGCCCGAGAGCCCCAGCAUGAAGAAAGCGGUGCCGCUGAUAAAUGCAAUAGACACGGGGAGAUUCCCACGACUUCUCAGCCGGAUUCUUCAAAAGCUCCACCUGAAGGCCGAGAGCAGUUUCAGUGAAGAAGAGGAAGAAAAACUUCAGGCUGCAUUCUCUCUAGAGAAACAAGAACUUCACCUGGUUCUGGAGACAAUAUCAUUUGUUUUGGAACAGGCAGUGUAUCACAACGUGAAGCCAGCAGCACUGCAGCAGCAACUAGAGAUGAUUCAUCUUAGGAAAGACAAAGCGGAAGCCUUUGCCAGUGCUUGGUCGGCUAUGGGUCAGGAGACAGUUGAGAAGUUCCGCCAGAGAAUCCUGGGCCCUCACAAGCUAGAGACAGUGGGAUGGCAGCUUAACCUGCAAAUGGCCCACUCUGCUCAAGCAAAGCUGCAGUCUCCCCAGGCCGUGCUGCAACUGGGAGUGAGCAAGGAAGACGCCAAGAACUGCUUAGCGAACAUAACAGCUGCCAGUGCAUGUGACCUGUGUCCGGCAUAGAACUCUUUAAAGUGAAUUCCAGUUAACUGUGCCCUUUCUGAGUGCUGAUCUGCUGUUAAGCUGUUUGUAAGCUCUGUUUGUAAGCUCUGUGGUUCUGGAAUUGUACUCUCAGUACAAAUGUCUGUAAAGUGUUUGGUGAAGAUGGAUGUCAGCUGAUGUUUUUUAGCAUAAUUUUGAGGGAACAGCCAUUAAGCAUUUAAAAUAAAACUUUAUAAAUAUUUCUGUAAAGGGACUUUUAAUUCUAAAAGUAAGUAUAAAAAGAAAAAGUCCACUGCAGUUCCACCAUGCAAACCAGCCUCUCUUAACAGUGAGUUUUAAAGCAUUGACUGCUGUAUAGAUUAAAUUGUUUAUAAAUCCUCACUAUUAGAAGCAGCCUCACCCUGUACAACUUCUAAAGGAUGCUUCCUAAUGACAUCAGAACCCAGUUUUUGUGAAGAAACAAGUCCAGCUUGCUAAGCAGCAGCAGCAAGGAAGGGAGUCGUGUGUUUGGAACUUCAGAAACAAGCGUGUGGGUUUCUGUGAGCCAGCUAUGUCACAGAUUUUCCAGAAGUAGGGGAAAUGGAACCAUAGUUACUGAUCUGUCUCUUGAUGAGGCAGAACAAUACGAAGAGUUGGUAGGAUGGGAGGUGAGAUUCUUAGCUCUAAUCUCAAGUGGCUAAAAAGUGGCAAAAGGAGCUCACAGGGAGUCAUUUGUCCUUAGGCAAUUCCAGCAGCUUCCAGUAGGGUUUGACUUGACUGGAACAGCACAUGAACUCCUAGAGACUGGUUGAGCUGCUUCCACCAAGUUGUAGCCCUAAUUUACAAUAUGAUUUUUUUUUUUUUUUGAGAAAAGCCUCUAACAUGGUAAUUAACAUUAAAUGAGGGUAGAGCUCUGUGGUGGCUUAAAUGAGAAUGGUCAUCAUAGACUCAUAUGUUUGAAUACUUAGUCCCCAGUUGGUGGAAUUGUUUGGGAAGGAUGAGGAGGUGAGGUUUUGUUGGAGGAGGUAUGUCGCUGGGCAAGGGCUUUGAGGUUUCAAAUGACUGUGUCAGGCCCAGUCUCUCUCCUUCUCUCCUUCUCUCCCUCUCCCUCCCCCUCCCCUUCCCCAUCCCCCUCCCCCUGUGUGUGUGUAUAUGUGUUUGUGUCUGACAGUCAGUCUCACACUAAGUGUUGUCACGGGAUGGAAGUGCUCAGCUCUUACUCCAGCACCAUGACUGCCUGCAGCUGUGCUCCUCACCAUGAUGGUCAUAGUUUUUACGCAGUCAAGUCUAUGGCAGUGUUUUACAGAACUCCAGAAAACUAAUAUAGACUAGCAACUGUAAAUACAUUUAGCAUUUAUUGAUGUGCUUUUUUAGAUUUAUUGGUAUGCUUUUGAAUCAUGAUUCCCACCCCCUUGAAUUUGAAAUGAGCUGACUCUUUUCUGUUAUUGAGCCACUAUCUUAUUCUCUUUUUUAUUGAAAAUAGAUUUUUUUAGAAAGAAAUUAUGCAAUAUUCUGAUUAUGGCUAUUUCUUCCCCAAUUCCUCCCAGUUGGUUUAAUAAGCUCCCCUCCCAUCCAGAUCCAGUCCCUUUCUGUCUCUUGUUAGGAAGUUAGAAAACAAACAGGUAUGCAAGGAAUAAUAAUAAAAUAAUAAGAUAAAACAAAACCAAGUCAGAAUAGGACAAAACAAACAAACAGAAGAAAAAGAGCCAAAGAAAAAGCAGGAAAAACACAUACAGACUGAGAGACACACAGACAGACAGGUUCACACAGGAAUCCAAUAAAAACACAGAACCUGAAGCCAUAAUAUAUAAGCGAAAGACACAUUGUGAGACAAAGAGCCUCCAGAGAUGCCAUUGAGUUUGUUGUGUGUUGGCGUCUACUGCUGGGCAUAGGGCAGCAAUGUAGCAAUAAAAUGGCUCCUAAUGACAUUCUGCUAUACUCAUAGAUCAGUAACAUGCUCGGCCAUCACCAGAGAAGUUUCCUCCUGCAGUUGAUGGUACGAAAUACAGAGACCCACAACCACACAUUAUGCAAGAGCGAGUAGAACACUCAGCUUUACCUGGAGCGUCUCCAUCAAAUCCCUCCCCGUAGGACUCAAGGAACUGUACAUAAGAGGAGACAGAAAGAGUGUGGGCCAGAUGGAAUGGAAGGCACCUAAGGAACAAAGCCUGUUAAACAUAGCAUAAGCGAUACACAUGUGAACUCACAGCUGCUGUGGCAACAUGCACCAGGCCCACAUGGGUCUGUACUAGAUGAAGUCCUAGAGCUGAGAGAAGGGGGUAUGUGCCCCACAGCUAGCCCCAUUGAUAACCACUUGCAAAUGAAAAAUUAGGUUUCUCCAAGAAAGUCUCACCUGGGAAAUGAACCACCAUCUUACUCUUAAAGUCUGCUAAAUCUUUAGUAAUACUUAGAUUAUCAUCUGGCUUUUUACUAAGGACUGAGAUUCAUUUUUGAACUUUUGCUAAAUAUAUUUAUGUAAUAGGAACCCAGAUCACGCUAACUUUGGAAGGUAGGCAUCAAGAGGGAGGUUUCCUAUGAUAAGUAAUUGGAGAUAGUUUUGGUUCUUAAGCAGGAGACACCACACGAAAGGGGUUUAAUAAGAAGUAAUACAACAUCCAGAGCCAUUUAUAGUUACCGUGGCCUAAGGAGCUGUUGCUGUCGUGGGCAGCAGUGUUGGUACUAGAUUCCUCAAGUGCAUUUUGUUGUACUGUGUUCUGCAGGGGUAGAAAAAGUGCAUAUGAGAGCUUAGCUGGGCACUGAAAAGCCGAGGCAGCCGGGAGUGCUUUUACCACUGACAGAGGGGGGCUGGCAUUGCUGAUAUCUCAUUCUGUGGGCUCUCCUGGGGAAGAAGUGAACAUCAGAGAACCCUAAGCUUUGGGGGGCAUCAAGGAAUGAUGGGAAAAUUAUCUGUGUAGAUCGGAAUGUCUUAGCUUGUGAUCUUAGAAUUUAUGUGAAAGGAAAGAAGUACAGAAUUAAAAAAAAAACAUGAAUUCGUGCAUGUAAACAUAUAAAAAUUAAUGUAUUUCUUAUCCAGAUAUUGAUAUUGUUAAAGACAUUUGUAGUUAUAUUAUUUACUUAUGUUUGUUUAUGUUGUUAACCAUAGAAUCCUGAUUAAAACGUGUUUUCAGGA